AUGGAGAAACGUGCUAGUUUCAGUGUCCUUAUGUUUCCAUGGCUAGGUCACGGACAUAUUUCUCCUUACCUUGAACUAGCCAAAAAGCUUUCCACCAGGAACUUCACCAUCUACUUGUGUUCCACACGUGCCAAUUUAACUUCAGCAAAGUCAAAACUCAGUGAGAAGUUUAGCCAAGCAAUCAAACUUGUUGAACUCAAGCUUCCAUCUCUUCCUGGUCUCCCGCCAAAUUAUCAUACCACCAAUGGACUUCCACCCCAUUUGAUGCCAACCCUCAAAAAAGCCUUUGACUUGUCUUGUCCCAAUUUACGUAAAAUCCUAAAAGAUUUGAAGCCUGAUUUGCUCAUAUAUGAUCUCCUUCAGCCGUGGGCCCCGGUGGCGGCUUCGCUCUACGAUAUCCCGUCUGUUGAGUUUAUUAGCAGCAGUGUGACAAUGGCUUCAAAGGUCUACCACUCACUUAAGUUGCCAGGUGACAAGUUUCCUUUUGAAUCAAGUAUUUACUAUCGUGAAUACGAAUCAGAUAAGGAAAAAGAGUUGUUUGUGCAUAAUAAGGAUUCAAAGUCUUUCAUUGAGUGCAUUGAUACAUCUACUAAGAUUGUCCUAGUCAAGAGUGUUAAGGAAAUUGAGGGAAAGUAUAUUGAUUAUUUUUCCACUCUAACUGGGAAGAAAGUUGUGCCUGUUGGUCAUUUGGUUCAAGAACCUGUUUUUAGUGAUGGUGAAGAUGAAGAUUGUGAAGUUAUGGAUUGGCUUAACAAAAAGGAAAAGGGUUCAACGAUAUUUGUUUCUUUCGGGAGUGAAUAUUUUUUGUCUAGUGAAGAUUUGGAGGAAAUUGCUCAUGGUUUGGAACUUUGCAUGAAGUUUGGUCUUCCCAUUAUUGCCAUGCCAAUGCACCUUGACCAGCCUGUUAAUGCUCGUUUGAUUGAAGAAGUUGGCGUUGGAAUUGAAGUUUUGAGAGAUUCAGACGGUAGUCUUCAAAGGGGGAGAAUCGCAAAGGUUAUUGACUCUGUUGUAAAGGGAAUUGGUGGAGAACAAGUCAGGAAGAAAGCCAAAGACAUGAAGAGGAAGUUUGACUUGAAGGGAGAAGAAGACAUUGAUGAUCAUCUUGUGAAGGAGUUGGUGCAACUUUGUGUCAUGAAGAACAAGAAGAUUCAGCCUGCAUUGGUUAAGAGUUAUGGUCUUUUGGAGCUAAAAAUGCCUUGGAUUCAAUCAGGAAGUAAAAUAAGCCCUGCCAUUAUUUUCAUUAUAGUGAUACUGGCAGUCGUGUUCUUCAUUUCUGGUAUUCUACACUUGCUGGUGAGGUUUCUGGUAAAAAGGAGGCAAUCCCAAAUUUCACGGUCUAAUGCGCAUCUAGAUAUGUCAAGUUCUGAAGCUUAUCAAAGACAAUUACAGCAGCUAUUCAAUCUUCAUGAUUCAGGUCUAGAUCAGACCAUUAUUGAUGCUCUGCCACUCUUUCUUUACAAAGAUAUCCGGGGUCCAAAAGAGCCGUUUGAUUGUGCUGUUUGCCUCUGUGAGUUCUCAGAACAGGAUAAGUUAAGGUUGCUGCCAUUGUGUAGUCAUGCUUUUCAUAUUGAUUGCAUAGACACAUGGUUGUUGUCAAAUUCAACUUGCCCACUUUGCAGAGGUACCCUUUUUAGCCCAGAAUUUUCCAUUGAAAAUCCAGUUUUUGAGUUUGAUGAUUUCAAGGAUGAAGAUGUGGGAUUUUCAGAGAACUUGGGGGUUGCCAUUCCCAGUGGUCCUAAUAAGCCAGCUGAGGCUGCAGAGAAUAGUAUUGUUAAUGGAAAGAGGGUGUUUUCAGUCAGGCUUGGCAAAUUUAAGAACAUAAAUGGUAAAGUUGAAGAUAUUGAAGUUGGAGAGACAAGCAGCAGUAAUUUGGAUGCAAGAAGGUGCUUUUCAAUGGGCUCUUUCCAGUAUGUAGUUGCUGACUCGGAACUGCAAGUAACUUUGUGUCCUAAAAGAACCAAGGGAAAUAACAAUGAUGUUCUUGAUCAAAGGCUUGUAAGAGCAAAAGAAAAAGGUGGACCAAAUGGGAGUUCCAUGAUUAAUGAUGGGGGUAUUAGUGUUACUGAUGGUAAGAAGAUUAACAUGAGAAGCAAAGGGGAGAGCUUUUCUGUUUCCAAGGUCUGGCUGUGGUCCAACAACAAAGGCAAAUUCCCCACUUCUGCAGAUAAUCACCAGAUUUCUAGUUCCAUUAAUGUUAAUUUUCCAUUGACUGCUACAUCUAAACAGCCUAUAGCAAAGAUGCCCUUAGUGCCUUAG